CGGUACGCUACUGGAAUGACGCCGGGCGAGGCGCCAUGCAGUGUUGCCGCCGUUCCGUGAGAGGAGCUUGUUACUGCGCACCAUAUGACCAAAUCUUGGUAGGUGCCGGCAACUGUAUGUCGGUUUAGCAAGUUAUAGAGUCCACUUUAUGUGGUAUAACUUAUACGUAAGAUCCCAUACACGGAUCUGGGAGUUCCUCUUCAAAGAACUAGAGUACCACAAGAAGACGCACAACCCAGACGCGCCUCGCGACGUCAUGGACAUCUACCUCAACGUCAUCAAGUCAGCCGAGAAGGAAUUUGUCCACGAGAGCUUCUCAGAAGAACAGUUGGUCGCUCUGUCGAUGGACAUGUUCAUGGCCGGGUCUGAGACUACCAGCAAUACGCUCAGUUUCUGCUUCUUGUACCUGAUACUGUAUCCUGAGGUCCAGAAGAAGGCACAGGAUGAAAUCGAUGCUGUUGUGGGGAAGAUCAGGGUGCCGUCGUUGGAUGAUCGGCCAAAAUUGCCAUAUGUAGAAUGUAUAGUCCUCGAAUCACUAAGAAUGUUUUCUGGAAGAGCAUUCACAGUGCCACAUCGGUCGCUGAAGGAUACGUAUCUCAACGGAUAUCUUAUACCAAAGGACGUGACAGUAAUCGCGAACCUGUACGGCUGCAUGUUGGAAGAAGACUGCGGGUUCGAGGAGCCUCACAUCUUCCGGCCUGAAAGAUUCAUCAGAGACGGGAAGAUAUCUGUUCCAGAGAAUUUGAUACCGUUCGGCUUUGGCAAGCACAGAUGUCUGGGUGAGACGUUGGCGAGAGCGAAUGUAUUCCUCUUCAUCGCAGCCAUGCUUCAGAAAUUUACGUUUUGUGCUGUUCCUCAAUUUCCCGCCACUUUGGAAUGGCUGGAUGGGGUCACGCCAAGGACGAAACCGUUCAGGGCGGUCAUUAAGAGAAGAUAAUCGGAAAUAGAGUUAGUUUUGAGUUCGAUUUUUGUGAAUGUUAC